CCGGGGCUGCUGACAGCUCUCUGCGGAAUGGCCGGGCGAACUGACCGGGCUCCGCUUCUGGACUGGGCCGAGGCGCCGGCUGUUAGUCCUAUCCCGGAGGGAGACCACGACGGCAAAUGGCCCCGGGGCUAUGGGGCGAGCUGGAGCCGUACCCCACCGGGGGAGCUGUGCCCCCUGCCCCAGCUGGAGGAUGAUCACAUAGUGGCGGUGUUCGUGGUCACAUUCGAUUCCAGGAGCGGGAACAUCGUGGAGUGGUGUCUGCCUCAAGACAUAGACCUGGAAGGAGUGGAGUUUAAAUCCAUGGCCAGCGGUUCACACAGGGUCCAGUCAGAUUUCAUUUACUUUCGUAAAGGCGGCUUCUUCGGCCUGGCUUGUUUUGCCAACAUGCCAGUGGAGAGCGAGCUGGAGAGAGGAGCACGGAUGAAGUCUGUGGGGAUCCUGUCACCGUCUUACACACUGCUGUAUCGCUACAUGCACUUUCUGGAGAACCAAGUCCGGCAUCAGCUGGAACUCCCUGGCCACUACACACCUCUGGAGGCCUUUUAUGAAGACAAGAAAGGGGUCUUACCUGCUGGCAUCACCCCCCAGUCCUGCCAACCUAGUGUACACUGGCUGUCAUCUAUACACAAGCACUUGUACCCGGAGAUGAAGAUCACCCACCCUGCCGGCUGUAUGUCUCAGUUCAUAAAGUUUUUCGGGGAGCAGAUCUUUGUCCUCUGGAAGUUUGCUCUACUACGGAAACGUAUCCUGAUAUUUUCACCACCUCCUGUAGGCGUUGUCUGCUACAGAGUCUACUGCUGUUGCUGCCUUGCCAAUGUUACUUUGCCUGGUGUUGGCGUUACCGCUCCUGAGUCGAAGCCUUUCUUCUAUGUAAAUGUUGCUGAUAUUGAAACCCUUGAUGAUGAGGUUUCCUAUGUGGCCUGUACAACAGAGAAGAUCUUUGAGCAGAAGCAGGAUCUCUAUGAUGUUUAUGUAGAUAACCAAAAUGUGAAGACUCACCUGGAACAUCUCCAGCCCCUUCUGAGGAUCAACAGUGCGGACAAAGAGAAAUACCGCCGGCUUAAUGAUCAGAGACAACUGCUGAUGUACACACAGGAGGUAGACAGGGACUGUUCAUCCUGUGAGGAGGAUCUCUUCAUUCUCUUCUUCAUGGAGCAGAAUAACAGGAUAUUCCAGAUCCUUCUUGAGGUGGCAUCGAGCCAGGAUAAGACUCUCACAGCUGAUCACGCCCGUAGCAUGGGCCUAGACCCACAGGGCGACCGGAGCUUCCUCGUGGACCUUCUGGAAGUGUACGGUUUUGAUCUGAUGCUGGUCAUCGACAACCCGUGUUGUCCCUGACACUUUGUAGGACUCCAGGCUGUUCAGCUUGUCUUGUGUACACAUUCUGACUAUUGCAGACUGACUGUAGAGGUGGACGCAGAUCUGUGACCUACCCCCCAAUAUCGGAACUGGCGGUCACAAGUAAGAUAUGCAAUAAUAACAAUGCAGAAGUCUGGGUGCAGAUGGAUAAAUCACCCUGCAGAAAGAGUAAGAUUACUAGUUUUCAGCACAGAAAGGAAGCAGCCAUUUUGUUGUCUAAAUUCAUGAAGUUGUACAAAAUGGCUUCCUCAUAUUUAGAUGUCUGAUCAUCAUUGAAUUGUAUGUUCACCGUCGAACACAAUGUACAUAAAAAGUUAUUGUGUAAAUUUAUCCUGUACUGAGUCUGAGUUAAAUCUUGUAUUAUACUCCAGAGCUGCACUCACUAUUCUGCUUCUGUAGUCACUGUACAUACAUUACAUCCUGUAUUAUACCGCUGAUGAAGUCAGGGUGU